UUCUCAUGGACCUCGGUGGCAGCAGUCCGCGAUAUUUCCAGUGUGGAUGAACACAAGCUGCUUCCUUCACACUCAGCGGGACUCUCCAGCGGGGAAUUUUCUGACCGAACUUCACGCUUUUUUCGCCGUCUUUUCUUUCACAACACCUGACGGAUGUUUGACUCAUAUAAAUAUUCAUUUUGUAGUAAACUAAGCGGAGGCGAGGGAGGGGAAAGACUGCCCCUUGCAAAAAAAUAACUUCACGUGUAAAAUGUGAGGUAGUAUGUGCACAGCGUCCUGCUGUACGAGCUGCUUCAGUCCCGCUGACAACGUGAAACCACUGGGCAACUUACUUAAUCUUGGAGACUAAAACCUGAAUUAUUAUGGACAAGAUGAACUUUAAAAUUCAUUGCAUUCUAGUUGUCUUCACUUUUUAUGUGCAAGAGGGAUUAUCAAGGGAUUAUGAAGCAAACCUUGGAGCAAAUAUUCUUUUACAGAGAAUAAAACGUCAAAGUAAACAAACAAAACCAGCGCUCAAGGUGACAGACUACCAUGUGAAGUGUUCAGUGGUGUCCCGCUAUGCUGUUACAACAGUUCAGAGUUCAGUAUGGAACCAGCUUCCCAUCACCAAGGAAGCUGCCUUUGAGGUGGACCUGACUUCCUCUGCUUUCAUCUCCAACUUCACCAUCACCUCCAACGGCAAGGUGUAUGUGGCCCAGGUGAAGGAAAGAGCUGCUGCAAGGAAAAUCUACGAUGCUGCUAAGAAGCAAGGAAAAUCAGCCGGACUUGUUGCUACCAAAGAGAGGGAGAUUGAGAAGUUUCGUGUGGCAGUGAGUGUGCCUUCAGGAACUCGGAUGUUCUUCUCCCUGACCUACGAGGAGCUGUUAACUCGUCGACUUGGCCGCUAUGAGCUCAGUUUGGGUCUGAGGCCGGGACAACCUGUGCACAACCUCACGUUAGAUGUCAGUAUAACAGAGAGGACAGGGAUCAGUUUCAUCAAAGUCCUUCCUCUCAAGACAAACCGACUGCUCUCCAACACUGCUCAAGGUGAUGCAGAUGCCCCUGACUCCACUCAUGUUGAGCUGAAUGCUGGCUGUGCUCGAGUUCGGUACAAUCCCACGCUACAGCAGCAGAACAGCAUCUCCUCCCAAGGUCUAAAUGCAGACUUCAUCAUUCAAUAUGAUGUCGACCUCAGAGACCUCAUGGGUGAAGUCCAGGUGUAUGACGGCUACUUUGUGCAUUACUUUGCACCCAGAGGGCUUCCUGUGGUCCCUAAGGAUGUUAUAUUUGUCAUAGAUAUCAGUGGCUCAAUGAUUGGCACUAAGAUAAAACAGACCAAGCAGGCCAUGAGCACCAUUCUCGGGGACCUUAGAGAGGGAGACCACUUCAAUAUCAUCACCUUCUCAGACAAGGUUCACACUUGGAAGAAAGGACGAACAGUGCGGGCAACUCGGCAGAAUGUACGAGACGCCAAAGACUUUGUGAAGAGGAUUAUUGCAGAAGGAUGGACCAAUAUCAAUGCAGCUCUGCUUUCUGCUGCCCAGCUCAUCAACCCUCCAUCCUCUGCCUCUUCCAACCACCUCUCAUCCCGACGUGUCCCUCUGGUAAUUUUCCUUACUGAUGGCGAGGCAACCAUCGGAGUAACAACUGGUGACACCAUCCUUAGCAAUGCCAAGAAAGCUUUGGGCUCUGCCUCUCUGUUUGGCCUUGCAUUUGGAGAUGAUGCAGACUUCCUCCUCCUGAAACGCCUGGCUCUGGAUAACCGAGGCGUGGCUAGGAUGGUGUAUGAGGAUGCAGACGCAGCCUUGCAGCUGAAAGGCUUUUAUGAUGAAGUAGCCAGCCCUUUGCUAUCAGACAUCCAGCUAUCAUAUCUAGAUGAUCAGGCAUUUGACAUUACCCAAUCCCUGUUCCCGAACUACUUCCAAGGUUCUGAGUUGGUGGUGGCUGGGAAGGUCAAACCCGGGGUCAAAGAUUUAAAGGUAUCAGUGUCUGCCACUGAUUCAAAGCAACGUGUGAAGUUGGAGAACGAUGUGUUGAUUUCCCAAGCAAAGGGGAAUGGGAGUGCAGAUUCACAAUACUGUUCAGCUGGCUUGGAAGGAAUCUCCAGCUUUGUGCACCGUCUCUGGGCAUAUUUCACCAUCAAAGAGCUUCUGUUGGCUAAACUGAACACUACCGACCCUGCAACUCAAAGAUUACUGGCAGACAAGGCCACCAACCUAUCCCUCAAAUAUAACUUUGUAACACCUGUCACUUCUUUAGUUGUAGUUAAGCCAGAUGCAGAUGAAGCAGCCGAAACUCCAACAACAGCAAAACCCACCACAGUAGCCACUAUAACCACGACAGCAACGACAACUGCUACCACUAAAAUAUCAGCUGCUGGUGCAGCAAAGAAACCCAGCUCACCUUUUAACACUAGGCCUAACAAAACAAAACCAGAUCCUCCUCAGCCACCUCCAAAUACAACACAAACUAAAAAAAUCUCAUUGCCAACUUCCACAGCAAAAACAGUAGUUUCACCAUCCAAGAAAACCACAACAACCUCAAGUCCCAGCUCUGUCAAAACUGCUCCAGCACCAUUCUCUGGUAAAAAACCCACUCCUUCCCAAAAUGAAUCCAAAACCACCUCUCCUCCUCCUGCUGGUAAGAUACCCACCUCUCUACUUAAUGCUCUAAAAACAGCAGCACCCCCAGCACCUGGAAAAGUCUCCACCCCUCAGCCCAACGCCUUGAAAACAACCACUCCCUCAACAACCACCACACUGUUAACAUUCAUCACCAGCACCUCACCUCCACUCAGUUCAGUCAGAACUGACCUCUUACCCGAGCGACCCCUUACCCCACAGCCCAGUACAGAGAGGACAACCCUCCCAACUGUGCACUCCACACAGGCAAAAAACAGCACCACAUCUGCUCAUCAGCCUGAAAUCCCCACUGGUCUGCCCGAGCUGCCGCUCACCUCCCCCACCCCAGCACCAGCUCCGACCGUGGAAGAUAACAACACAAACUUAGAAACAGACCGGAGCAUCGCCACCUUUGUGUCGGCCACCUUUGCUCCGAUGCCUGGUGUAACAGAUGGGCCACAACAGUGGGAAGCAGCAGGGUUUCUGGAUGUCUCUACUUUCAUUCAGAGAAAAGAUAUUGACCUUGUCAAAGACUAUGAUGCAACCUAUGACUAUGACUACGAUCUCAGCUAUGAUGCCUGGGAUGAUGAUUCUUCCGACACAAGAUCGCUUGAACCUCCAUCCAGAUUAAGAACUGUCCGGGUCUUCUCCUCCUCAGUUGAUGGAGAUCCUCAUUUUGUGGUCCAACUGCCAAAGCUGCAUCAGAACCUAUGUUUCACAGUAGACGGCAGGGCUAAUGAUGUUCUCAGACUGUUAGAAGACCAAGAAAGAGGAAUAAUUGUCGAUGGCCACCUAAUGGGGGCUCCCUCCAAGCACGGUGUAGAAGACCGCUCCCGAACCUACUUCGACCAGCUCAUCAUUUCCUCAGCCUCAGGCGGCUCUGGUGACAUCACAAUCACCCUCACAUUGGACGCUGUAGUGGUGGAAGGGGAAGGGCGGGAUAACCUUCCCAUCAAUCAACAGGGAUUGGUGACGAGGCAGGGUGUGACGGUCGCUGUGGACAACCAUCGGAGCUGCUGGAUCGAGCUGGCCAAGGGUGUCCGGUUCCUGGUUCAGUUCCACUACUAUAAACACCCCAGCUAUCUGCAGAUGGCUCACCUGGGUUUUUACAUCGCAGAUGGACGGGGGUUGUCUGCUUCAACCCAAGGCCUACUGGGCCAGUUUCAGCAUGCUGACAUGAGUGUAACUGCGGUGAAGGAUUAUCCAGAUGGAAGUGUUCACAAGGAGGUGAUAUUAGCCAGGGGGAUCCUCAGGUGGGGAUCAGAGCACAUGCCAGUCACCUUGCAAGAUAAGUCGCUGAAAGAUACGGUGCGGAAACGCCACACAGGCAAGUGCUGGGUGGUGCCCAAGGCAGAGGUAGAGAGACUGCUGGGUCAUCCAUACGAGAGCUACGUGGUGGAUCAUGUGUAAUUCUAGCUGAGUCGGCUCCACCUUGUUGCCUAUCUGCUGCACAGCUCAGGUCACAGCAAUUAUGGUGGCAUAGUUAUCGUACAAAGCAUGAGCAAGCACUGGGACUCCAUGAGGCUAAAAUGACAUGUUGCAGUGACUGAAUAAAACUGUCUAAUAUUCUGUAAGGAGCAGUGAAAAACAGGUGUGGUUGUAAAAGCGGGAAAGAGGGUGUGUAAGAUUAGAGACUACAGGGAAAGUUGCAUCUAAAGGAGUAAUGAAGACGUACAGUUUGACAAAUAUAGUGACGGACUGAACGAUGCUGUUGUUCUCUGUCACUGAAUUUGAAUUGGAUUCAAGGUCUGGGUUAUUUAUCUAUGAGAGAAACAUAGAUCAUGUAUCUAUGUUCUCCUGUUUGCAUGGCAACCACAAAAUGUCCAUUUGUUCUGCAGCAGUUUGUGUCUGCUUCAAAAUGUCUUGUACACAACUUCAACGUUUAUCAGAUUAUUCUUAUAUUUCAUCAUGGAAUGAUGAUUAGGUGAAACCAGAUUCUUCUACUUUAGAAUCAUCUGUAAUUAUUAAAACUGUAUCAUUGUGUAAGUUAUAUUUUUAGUACAAGUGUAUAUAAAAUAUUAUUAUAUGUAUGUAUGUAUGUAUGUAUGUAUUUAUAGAUAAUCUUCCCAGAACACGUUACUCACCUGGAUGUAGUGAUUGCAUCCUCAAAAAGUAACAGAAAAACAAAAUCAGGGUCUUUCCAGGUUUGCCAUGUGCUUUUUAUUUUUCUAUCAUUUCAUUCAUAGUUUAAUUCAUUUUAUUUGUUACACAAGACAUUAGGCAUUGUUCACGUACUAGUGAUCAAACAAGGACAGUAAGUUUUCUACUACUCAGCCUGAAGUAUUUCUUUUGUCAAUUUUAAGGGAUAUUGUCAAUAGUGGUUAUCGAAAGGCCAAACUGGAUGGAAAUUAAAACAGUACAACCACA